ACAAAACAAGACGGGUUAGACUCCUUGUUGGGGUCACAUCUAAAAUGAUGCAGAUAAAGCUUGUCCUCAGCGGUAAGUCUGCAGUAUGGAUAACAGUCCACAUAACAUAUAUCUUACUGCUAGCAGCCGGAAGUUGUGGCGAUGAAGAGCAGAGUAAGACCGGAAGUACGUUAUCAGAUGUUUCAUGGAGAAACCAGAAUGCGAUGUUCUCAGUGGUAGAAGAAGCCUGUUCUCUAAGUGAGCUCUUCUUUUAUUCUACGGUGUUGCCCAGUAGCUUCUGUAAUAAUGGUAAAAAACGAAUAUACAAACUACGAAAAAACACACCAACUGUAAAGUGCAAAGCAGGAUAUCGGCUUCGUGGAGGUUCAUGCAUCAAAGAAUGUGGCCUGACAAAAAACUCCGGAAAUGACAAUUUUAACAAUACAAAGAAAAUGAGAACAACACUUGAAGUAUACACAAACGUGAGUAUUACAAACACAACUGAGGAAGGUGGAGCUGAGACUAAGAAGACUGGACUGGAUGUAACAACUGAUGUAAAUAGUACAGAGAUUGAUAAAACGGACAUCAAUGGCACAAAAACAUCUACAGAAAUCGGUACUGAUUUUGGAAAAACGGAUGUAAAUGUUACAAAUACUACAGCGGACGCAAUCGGUAACGAAGAAUGUAACGCCGGCUGUUAUGGUGAUUUGUGCCAGUUUAACUGUUUGUGUGAAAACAAUGCUACUUGUGACAAGAUGACCGGGCAAUGCACGUGCAGCAAAGGCUGGACCGGCGUCUAUUGCCAAGACGAAUGUCCUAGAGGAACUUACGGCGCUAAUUGUAGUCAAACGUGUAGAUGUGACGUCACUUCCUGUCAUCCUGUAGACGGUUGUAUCUGCCGGUCAGUAGGACAAAACUGUUAUACAGUGUGUCCACCGCUGACGUUUGGUUCUGAUUGUAGCGGUAAGUGUUUGUGUCUUGAAAUAGCGACACAGGACUGUGGUGUCCUAGACGGCUCCUGUACCUGUAAACCAGGAUGGACAGGGACUUUCUGUAACCAAUUAUGCCCUGUGGGAAGUUUUGGAGAUGGAUGUCAGCAAACUUGUGAAUGCAAAUCUAACGAAUACUGUACCCCGACUACUGGGACGUGUCUGUGUUGGGAUAUUGUAAACGGAUUAAUCUGCACCGAAGAAAACUCUACAACUACGGCUGUCCCCAUCAAUGCUGGUCAUCCAGCAACGUUUCCAGUCAAUGCCUUACAUAUUGGGAUUCUAGUGGGCGGUUGUCUACUCAUCCUCAUCGCAAUAGUGUGUACAGUCGUGGCCUGGCGGAGAAACAGGUCUUACGGCAUGGAUCAAUACGAUUUUAGCUCUAAAGACUCCACUCUGAAGAUUGUGCAUGCGGACGAACAACAAAGGGAAGACCUGACUCGAAAUCAAGAAGAACCUGAGGCAGUCAGGAAAAUGUCCUGUAAAAGUCUUAAGAAAUCUCGUAAAGGCAUUAAACCGUUAGAUGUCCUGAAUCUACCGUCUAGAAUUAAAUCGAAACCCCCAACAGCAAUCAUUGGCUUCCAGCAGUACAGUCCAACAGAAUCACUCAACUUCGAUGAACUUUCCAGACAUUCCUACGUCAACCUGAAGGACGAAGAGAUAUCUAGACACGUGAAAGAAGACAGCGAGGACUAUGAACGUCUUAAUAAAGAUGAAAUCAAUCCACCGUUGCAAGACUACGAGGUGUGCGUCAAGACUAAGGGGCCAUAUGAGAAUGUUCCAGCUAAGAAAAGGAGCAUUUUAGGAUCGCUAAGGAAGCUCGUUAGAAAAGAAAGUCACCCUGAAGGUGACAAAGCACAUCUCGCAGACGACACAGGAACAGGGAUAAAUAGGACAAGUUUCGUAACAUUUAACAAACAAUAUACUUGACAAUUUCUCCCUACUUAUCCAGUUAAAAGUCCCUCGCCUAUCACAUACGUAUACAUGACAUUCUCUAGUGUAAACAAAUAUAUUGGUAACUAUCAGAAGUGAAACAAAUAAAAUCAUAGAUUUUAUAAUAAUAUUUUUUGAAAACGGGAGUUGCAGUAAUAUAUUUAUAAAAGUGAAAAAAUCGAUUUCAAAAUCAAUAUUAAGAUUAUAUAUGAAAACAUCUACAUAUUAUAUAAAAGGCCCUAGCGACCCUUUGUUAUCAAAUUUUGAUCCUAGUAAUUUUUAUCUUGUUUGCGACUAUGUUUACUAUAUCUCGACCUUAGAAGUGUUUGUCUUAAUUGCGAGCUUUUGUUAUUAAACCUCGAUCCUUGACGUGUUUGUGUUGUUUGCGACCAUUUUUACCAAAUCUCGAUCCUCGAAGUGUUUGUCUUGAUUCCGAGCGUUAGUCAUCAAAUCCCGAUUGCCGAAGUGUUUAUCUUGUAUGAGAUCUUUUGUUAUUAAAUCUCGAUAGUCGAAGUUUUGUGUUGAUUGCGAGCUUUCGUCAUCAAAUCUCGGUCCGUGGAGUGUUUUCUUGUUUGCAACAUUUACUUACCAAAUCUCGAUCCUCGCAGUGUUUGUCAAGAUUGCGAACUUUUGUCAUCAAAUUCCAAUUGUCAAAGUGUUUAUCUUGUAGGACAUCUUUUGUUAUCAAAUUUCAAACUUCGAAAUGUUUCUCUUGUUUUUUUAACCAUAUAUCAAUCCUCAGUGUUGUACUUGAUUACGAUAUCUUGUAAUUAAAUCUCGAUCGUUUGGAGUUUUUAUUCAUCUUCGUUGUGACUUUUUUGUCGAAGUUUUUUUUAUCUUGUAUGAGACCCUUUUUUAACCAAAUCUCGAUCCUCGAAAAUUCUUUUCUUGUUUGUGCGACUGUUUGAUAUCAAAUCCCGAUAGUCAAAGUGUUUAUCUUUUUGCGAGGUGUUGUUAUCAAAUCUUGAUCCUCGAAUUGCUUGUCUUGUUUACAACUUUUGUUUUCAAAUUUCGAUCAUCGAAGUGCUUGUCUUGUUUGCGACCCUUUGUUAUAAAAUCUCGAUCAUCAAAGUGUUUGUUUUGUUUCCGACCUUUUGUGAUUAAAUCUCGAUCCUUGAA